CCCGAGGGAUGUCGUGGGCGCAACGAUUGACGCCGGUGCUGCUGCUGCUGCUGGUGACGGUCGGGCCGCGGCCGGCGGACGCCCACGGCCGGCUGAUGGAACCGCCCGCCCGCAAUGCGAUGUGGCGCUUCGGCUUCCCGAACCCGGUCAACUACAACGACAACGAGCUGUUCUGCGGCGGGUACGCCGUCCAGUGGGAGCAGAACCAGGGCAACUGUGGCGUGUGCGGCGACGCGUACCAUCUGCGGGCGCCCCGGCCGCACGAGGCCGGCGGCGAGUACGGCAAGGGCAUCGUGUCGCGCCGGUACGUGGCCGGCCAGGAGCUGGAGGUCGAGAUCGAGCUGACCGCCAACCAUAUGGGCCGGUUCGAGCUGUACCUCUGCCCGAACAACAACCCGCGGGCGGAGGCGACGCAGGACUGCUUCGAUCGCUACCCGCUCUACCUGUCCGGGACGCGCGAGGUCCGGUUCUUCAUACCGCCCGACUCGAAGAAGAAGGACGUGUUCCGGUACCGGGUGCAGCUGCCGCUCUACGUGAGCUGCACGCAGUGCGUGCUGCAGUGGACCUACUUCACCGGCAACAUGUGGGGCCGGUGCGACAACGGGACCGAGUCGGUCGGGUGCGGCAGACCGGAAACGUUCCGGAACUGUGCGGACAUUAGCAUCGUGUCCAACACGGGCGGCGGCCGCCCACCACUGUUCGUCGGCAAUAACAACCCGUUCCUGCUGUACUACCGGGACUUCCGUGACCCCAAGCCGGACAACGUCUAUCCGCUGAUCAUCCGGGACCAGGUGUGUCUGCCGACCGCGACGUACCGCAGCUUCAUCGGGAUGGAGGAAUGGUGCCAGAGCAACUGUCUCCGCUACCCGCCGAACUGUCCGGAAACGGUGUGCCACUGCCCGCAAACGUGUGAAGCGAUCGGUGAGCUGCGAGGCCGCGAGGGUGCCGACGUCUACUGUCUCGACCAGUGUCUCAACUUCAAGUCGAACUGCCCGGCCGACAGAUGUCGCUGCUACUAAAACUGCUGCGGCACUGCAGGGAUGCCCUGUCUGCGUGUAUGUGUGUGUGUGUGUGUGUGUGUCGAGUGCCGUAUUGCGUCGAAUGUAAAGAGCGGGCGAGCAGGCGACGAACCGCACCGACGUGACACGUGACGGAACCGACGGGAUGUCCUUGCCUGCAAGGACCUUGCUGCAUGUGUGCGUGUGUGUGUGUGUGUAUGAGUGUAUGUGUGCAUGUGUGUGUGUAUGUAUGAAAGUGUUAAUUUACAAGGUUAUGCACAGGGCAAAGUGUGGCGACUUUGUUGCGGCACAUUUUUUGUCUCGUUCUCUCGCUCUCUCUCUCUCUCCCUCUCUCUCGUUCCGUUUUUAUUUUCGUCAAAACAUGUGCGUUUUUUCCCCGCAAAAAAAAAAACAAAAACAAAUAGUUCAAGAGUUUUAGCAAAACAAAAACAUUCGCGUUCGUCGCCUGCGCCAUCUCUUGCCGCUCCCUGCAUGCAAAAACGUUAAAAAAAACAACACGAACAACAGCAGCAACCGGAGCAGGGAGAAGGAAGUAUACUACAGUGGUGUCACCAGAAAAAUCCGAUAUUCGACACAAUAAAGGGGAGUGGGGGAGGGAGUAAAAAACCGAAAACAGCCUCAGCGAAGGAUGGCGUUGCAAUUGUGCGGGUAGAACGCAAACAAAAACAAACCAUGAAUAAAGAAGGGUUCAAAGUGCCGAACCAACAAGGACAAUGUAUCCUGC